AGGUCUGUCUAAUUUAUGAACACAGAAUAUCAUAAAAACACUACGUUUAGUAAUUCAUUGGAUUUAUAUUUCGUUCAGUGCACUGAUUACCCGGAUGUUCGCGGUAAAUUAAAGAUGGCUGACGUUUUUGCAAAGUUCGUAUCCCAGAAAAUCAGCAAAAUAAGAUGGUGUCCGGCAUCUGACCAUUCUUUACAACGUUCUGAUGUGUUUGCCACAGGUAGCUGGGAUAACAAAAAAAAUCACAUUUCCCUGUGGCAAGUAAACAGAGAAGAAUCAGAAACAGCACUUGAGCCACAGCCUGUUUCUGACAUUGAACACAAUGGAGAUGUCACAGAUCUAGCGUAUGUCAAUGGGCAGAAUUUGGUCAGUGCAUCAUCACGUGGAACAAUAACCUGCUACAGACAAGGCCAAAACAAGGUUUUGAAAGCUGUCAACAGUUGGGACAACAUUCAUCAUCAUAGCAACAAGAGAUGCAGUUGUACUGCCAUAGCAACCAAGAAUGAUGGUGUCAUAGCAACAGUGGGAGAAGAUGGCAGGAUCCAUAUUUUGAAUAUUGAGCAGCGUGAUCCAGUUCGCACUAUAAAUAAUGCGGACAGUAGCUCAAUGAAUGGCGUUGCAUAUUUGAAACAGUUUGAAAUUGUAACAGUGAACUCUAUUGGACAGUUGAAGGUGUGGGAUCUCAGACAGCCAGAUGUAGAACCAAGAAUAUUUGUACUUACUGGGGAAAGGACACCUUUGCACUGUGUUAGUAACCACCCCAAUCAGCCACACAUAGUUGCAACAGGGGGACAGGAUGGUAAACUGAACAUAUGGGAUAUGAGGCAAGAAAAGUUCCCUGUCACAAUAUUAGAUGGACACGAUGCAAAUAUGUGGGAGUUGAAGUUCCACCCUACCUCCCCUGACAA